AUGCCCGUCACGAUUCGUCAAACUGCUCCCAACUUUUGUUUGAAUGGAGCUCAAGGAACUGAAACCAUUUCUAAUAUUUCGCUUGAUAACUACAAGGGAAAGUGGGUAAUUCUGUUGUUCUACCCCAUGGAUUGGACUUUCGUUUGUCCCACCGAAAUAUUCGCUUAUAAUGAUGCUGCGGACAAGUUGGCUGCAGUGAACACUGUGGUGCUUGGAAUUUCUGGAGAUUCUCCUUAUACUCAUUUGAGUUGGUUGAAGGCAUCCCGUUCUGAGGGUGGACUGGGUGGUCUUAUCAAUAUUCCGUUGCUUUCGGAUGUGACUCGUGAGACGAUGAAGAACUAUGGAGUAUACAAUGAAGAUAAAUCGGGUUUGGAUUAUGCUCAAGCUUUCCGGGGAUUGUUCUUGAUUGAUCCGAAUCAGAAAAUCCGUCAUAUUUAUAUAAAUGAUAAUGGAGUUGGUCGUAGUGUGGAUGAAACGAUCCGUGUGAUCAAGGGACUUCAGUUCAGUGAUGAACACGGAGAAGUCUGUCCUGCGAACUGGCACGAAGGUGAUAAAACUUUCGUUCCUAACAAUGCAGGAAUCUCGAAGUUCUUGGUGAAUUUGAAGAAGUAAUUAUGUAUCUGUAGAAUGUUUGCAUUUCUAUUUGUUUGAAUACACAACACAAGUACUAUUUGUUCUCUAAUGCAGUUGAUACAGAAUCAGAAAUGUAACUCAAAAUAUGUGAGUGAAUGAAUGAUGAUAAGAAUGUGAUAUUUAAAUAGGUAAUUGAAUAAUAAUAAAAUGAGAACGGCCAUAUCUGAUGGAAAGCGCCCUAACCCGUCCGAUCUAGGAAGCUAAGUCAUCACGAGUCGAGUUAGUACCAGUGUGGGUGACUCGCUGAGAAGUCUCGAUGCUGUUCUUUUAUUCCACUAUUACAUUCUAUUCUACUCCUCUCCACUCACUCACUCAUCCAGUAUUUAUGUUAAACAAACCCAUCCUUUCUAUUCUCUAACUUACUCAUUAUUAA